UGCACCAAAGUGAAGGACAUUAUCAUGGAAACUGGUCUGGUUGUUGGGGCAGCCAGCAGCACUUGCCUAAUACACUGAAAUAUAUGAAAAAAAUAAAUCAGUUUCUAAAUGAUGACAGUUUUUACAAAACCAUUUUUUUAUGUUUUUGAACCCGAUGAUAUUCAUUUCAAAUAUCUGUGCACAAUUUUCUUUUUAUACAAAGUAUUUUAUAUAUUGAGGUGAUUUUGAUGCAUAAAACUUUUUGCAUUCAGUGUGCUCGAACUAAGAAUCUUCGGUUACAGCUAGUUUCAUUAUUGUUCUCUGAAGCAACCGCAUGAGGUCAGAUGCUUCAGUUUUGGGACUGGUCUUCAACCUUUGACCUUUGUGUUUUUUUCCCCAGACUUGCCUGUCUAUUUGCAUCAAAAUUUCAUAUUUUUAUUCAUCACAAGAACCAAAUAAUUUUAAGUCUUACCAAGUGUGAUAAUUUGACCUUAACAUAUCUUUUAUUCUCAAGUGGAUGAAUUCUUCAUUGCUUAGUAACCAGUUCUCAUGUUGUUAGAUUAAAUGUUUGGAUACUUGUCAUUUAAAAGGACAUGAUGAAUUUAUAAGCAAGGCUUGAACUGAAUACUGCGAAUAAUAGAACAGAAUGGAAGAUCAUCUAAAUAAACGUGACCACACGGGGGUCCAGGAUUUUGUGCUGCUUGAGGAUUACACUAACCCCAAUGCUUUCAUUGAAAAUCUCAGGAAACGAUUCCAAGAAGAUCUUAUCUAUACCUAUAUCGGACCAGUGUUAGUUUCUGUAAACCCCUACCAUGAACUUGACAUCUAUAAUGCUGAGGUCAUUAAAAGCUACAAGAAUGUGAACUUCUAUGAGUUACCUCCCCAUGUAUUUGCCAUUGCGGAUGCCUCCUACCGUUCCAUGCGAGGCGAGAAUAGGGACCAGUGUAUCCUGAUCUCCGGAGAGAGUGGUGCUGGAAAGACAGAAGCAUCAAAGAAAGUCCUUCACUACAUUGCAGCUAGCAAUAAAGAUACCAAAGAUGUUGAACGUGUGAAAGAUAGACUGCUUGAGUCAAACCCUCUCCUUGAGGCUUUUGGAAAUGCCAAAACCACCAGAAAUGAUAAUUCCAGUAGAUUUGGGAAGUACAUGGACAUUCAGUUUGAUUAUAAGGGUGCCCCUGUUGGUGGUCACAUUUUGAACUACUUGUUAGAGAAGUCUCGGGUAAUACAUCAGGCUAGAGGAGAGAGAAAUUUCCAUAUCUUCUAUCAGAUGUUGGUUGGAGCCUCACCCAUUAUGCUGAAACAUUUGAAAUUAUCUUCUGAACCAGAUAAAUACUUCUACCUGAACCAGGGAGACAGCAGUGUGUUACAGACAAUGGAUGAUCAAGCAAACUGGAGACAUGUACAACAUAGUCUAGAUGUACUUGACUUCACACAGGAAGAACAAAAGGCCUUGUUUGCCAUAGUAGCUACUGUGUUACAUCUAGGAAAUAUAGAGUUUGGAACAGAGGAAUCUAAAGAUGAUGCUAAAGUUACCAACAUAGAACAUUGUGAUGUUAUAUCUGAGUUGUUAGGGUGCCAGGAAGAUGCCCUUCUAGCAGCCUUACAGAACAGAACCAUAGAGGCAAAGGGUGAAAAGAUGAAGUCACCACUAACAGUGGACCAAGCCCUCUAUGCACGGGAUGCACUGGCUAAAGGCAUUUAUGACAGACUGUUCACAUGGAUAGUACAUAAAGUUAAUGCUUCACUAUCAAAUAGAGCAAAAAUGAAGUGUUCCCUGAUGGGCCUGCUGGAUAUUUAUGGUUUUGAAAUCUUUGAAGUUAAUUGUUUUGAACAGUUUUGUAUUAAUUACUGCAAUGAGAAGCUACAGCAGCUGUUUAUUGAACUCACUUUGAAAUCAGAACAAGAAGAGUACCAAAGGGAGGGAAUCCAGUGGGAGCCAGUCCAAUACUUCAACAACAAGAUCAUCUGUGAUCUGAUUGAAUCCAAACCCCUGGGUGUGAUUUGUGUGAUGGAUGAGGAAUGUUUGAGACCAGGCGACACCACAGACCAAACAUUCUUGGAUAAGUUGUCUGAGAUGAUAGGGAAACAUCCACACUUCAUUAGUCACAGUGUGGCAGACAAUUCCACAAGGAAAACUAUACAAAGAGACGAAUUCCGCUUGCUGCAUUAUGCCGGUGAUGUUACAUACAAUGUAAAAGGUUUUCUAGACAAAAACAAUGAUCUUCUCUUUAGAGAUCUGAAAGAGGCAAUGAGUGAGACUACCAACCUGAUUACCAGAGAAUGUUUUCCCAAGGAUGAACUUAACAGCAAGAAAAGACCAGAUACUGCAGCAACACAGUUUAAGAACAGUCUGAGUCAGCUGAUGGAGAUCCUCAUGUCAAAGGAACCAUCUUAUGUGCGAUGUAUCAAGCCCAAUGAUUACAAACGAGCAGGCCAGUUUGACGAGAGAAUUGUUCACCAUCAGGUCAAAUAUCUUGGUCUGAUGGAGAAUUUGAGGGUGCGGCGAGCUGGUUUCGCUUACAGAAGACCUUAUGAGGUGUUCUUAAAAAGAUACAAAAGUCUAUGCCCAGCAACAUGGCCAAACUAUCCAGGUGAGGCAAAGGUCGGUGUUCAAACCCUUGUCUCCUACCUACAGUACGAGGAGAAUGAUUACAGGAUGGGCAAAACAAAACUGUUCAUUCGAUUUCCAAGAGUCUUGUUUGCAACUGAAGAUGCAUUUCAACACAGAAAACAUGAGCUGGCAACCCAGGUUCAGGCCAAGUACAAAUGCUAUCGUCAGAGAAAAGUCUACCUAAGAAUGAGGGUUUCAGCUGUUAUUGUUCAGUGCCACUGGAGAAGAUUUCUUGCCAAACGAUUGUUGGAACGGAGACGAUGGGCCGCUCAGGUUGUUCGCAAGUUUGUAAAGGGAUUCCAGUAUCGUAACGAGCCGGAAUGUGAUGAGAACAGAGACUUUGUAAAGUUUACGAAGAUGAAUUAUCUUAAAAGACUAGCGCAGUGUGCACCUAAAUCAGUACUUGAUAAGUCCUGGUUACCGGCACCAAAAUUGUUACAAAAGACAUCAGAAUUGUUGAAAACAGUGUGUAUGAGAAAUCUAGUCUUGAGUUAUGUAAAGAAGAUCUCACCAUCCAUGAAAAUACAGAUGGAACAGAAGGUGGUUGCAGAGAGAUUGUUUAAAGGGAAGAAAGAUUCCUAUAUGCACAGUAUCAAAGAUCAUUUUGUGGACAGUAGGUUAGCUGCUCAUCAUGAGAGUCACAAAAAUUCCCUGCUGGCUACACUGAAACAGUCACAUGAAAACAUAAAGUACUGUACAUAUGUGACGAAGUAUGAUCGCCAUGGUUACAAGAGCAGAAAGCGUGUGUUGUUCCUGACUGAUUCUACAUUGUUUGUUGUAGAAGAGAAAGACUUCAAAAUAAAAGAUAGAGUUCCAUUCUCCUUGAUAAAUGGAAUACAGACAAGUUCCUUGAUGGAUGGUAUAUUUGUUAUUGUGAUAGGCAAUGUGGAAGAGAAUGGAUCGAAGGAAGAACUGAAACAGCUUGAGAGGGGUGACCUGAUAUUACAGAGUGACCAUAUUAUAGAGACAUUGACCAAACUGGUGAUGAUUUCUGAUAAGGAAAAUGUCCUGAAAUUUGCAACCAACAAUGUUAUUAACCAUGAUCUUGCCAGCGGUAAACAGGGCAGCAUAGAAUUUACAAAGGGAGAUAAUUACACUGUGAAGAAAGGAAAAGGGGGACAACUUAUAGUCGUAGACGGUUCCAGGUCUCGCCUAGAUUGCUCUGACCUUCACAUUGGUGCUGUUAGAACCAGCUAGUCCUGUAUAAAGUUGUCAGACCACGGUGCUGCAAGAACCAGCUUAUAUUCUCAUAUAAAACAUUGUUCUGUAAAAGUACAUAUUUGAAUUGAGUAUAAACUUGAUGCCUGUAAUUUGAAAAAAAAUCAUGUAUUAUUGCAGCAUUGAUUAACAUUCUACUGGUGACAUUGUACAAAUUGUAUGUGUAAAAAGAUGCCAGCCACAUCGCUGUUUUACAAAAAAAAAAAAAAAGAGUGUGGAUAAUUUAUUAACUUCCUACCUCAGUCAAGCAAAAGUAAUGUCCGUAAUCAGACUAUGUGGGAUAAAUUCUACCAUAACAGAUUAACAUCUGUAGUAUCAAAUUCUGUGCCUUGUACAUGUAUGUCAUAGUGGUAAGACAUUUUUAGAUAACCAUUUAUUUGAAGGCUGUGUAAUGGGGAGGACAUUUAUGUUUACCUUUGUCUGGAAAUUUGACACACAUACCUGAAGAAUUGUUUGGCCUAGAGUCAUCAGACAUUAUAGGAAUGUUAUCCAGCAUGUGAAGUUGUACACCUUGGGUUUGUCUGAGAUUUUACACAGCCAGACUAGAGUUAUGACCCCUGACUUAGUCAAAAUAUUUGACCUGGAAUCAUGGAAUUUAUGGUUAUGUUAUUCUUGGUAUUUUUACUUUCAGUUACUUGCACUCUUUUUUUCUCUGGUAAUUUUUUCCCGAAGACAAUUUUUUUCUAGUUUUGAUUUCUAAACAAUGAAGAUAAAGUUGACUUAGUCUUGCAAUGUCAGCAAGUAUCAUAUGACUGUACAGUGACAGAGAGUCGGGGUACUAACGUCCUAUGGACAUAUAUCUUGUUCAACAUACAGUCAAACCUGUAUUAAGCAGUUGGCAAAGGAAGCUACACAGUCUGGCUGCUUUAGGUAGGUGGCUCAGACAAGUUUAAGUGAAAACAAAAGGGAAUAGCAGGCUGGCUGUUUAAGGAAAGUGGUUGUUUAUUACAGGUGUUAGCUAAGGCAGGUUCACCUGUAGUUUAUGUGGUCACUUACCUAACAAGUGUUCUUAACAUUUCCGAUCCAGUGCCCUUGAAGUAAUUGGUAACUUUCCCACAUAGAACAAUGGGGAAAAACAAAUGAUGGUGAAGGAUAAUGGUGAACCAAGUUAAAUUUUUCACAGGAAAUGAUUGUAAUGUAGGAAGUGAUUUGUGGUUUCCUGAGUCGCUCUAUCUGAGUGUACCAUGCCAUACUGUAGAUCUAGUAUUUUUUGUCAUUUUCAUUAAGAAUUCAUCUCGGCAGGGGGUAUGGGGGUGGGGAAGCUGGGCUGGUCAUAUGUCCAGAGAAGAUUCUCUAGACUAUUCUGAUUUGAUGUGUCCUACUGUAGGUGAAUAUUAUUGAAAUGUAUGUGUUGCAAAUAUCAGUCCAUCUACACUAUCAUUUAUAAAAGGUAGUUUGUGGCAAAAUGUGUUCAUUCAAUCUCCACUUGUUAUAUUUUUAAAUACGUAGUCAAAAUGUAAUGCUAGUCUGACCUAUUUAAAAUAUUUAAUUUAAAAUUGAUGUCUUCAUAUAAAUAUGGUUUGAGUAUGUUGGCAGAUAUUGUGACCCCAGGAAUUGUUCUGUUGCCUCUGUUGAUAGUAGUUUUCAAAAGGUUCUUAAUAUCUUGUAACAGGCCCAAAAUCAUGUGUCACUGUGAAAUUAUAUGUGUUUACACUGUUGUGCUAUUUUUAAUGGUGUGCCAUCAUCAUGUUACGUUGGUAACAUAGUGUAUUGGGAAAACCUAAUAUUUACAUUUAGAUUGUGCUCUUUUUAGUGAUGUGCCAUUAUGAUGUCAUAUGGGUAACACUAAAACUUUUCAACCGCUGCAGUAUAGAGGAAUUUUUUUACAGGGAAAUGCAUGUGUGGUUUAAAAACAUUAAAUGGUAACUAUGAUGACCUGUGGGUAAGAUGUGGGACCAUAAAAUCUGUGGUGAUACAGUUGUGUUCCAUGUUAGUUAUAAGAUCAUUUUGACAUAUACAUAUACAGUAACGUUUACGUACCAUUUUGAUAUUUGUUUAACAUUUAUUAAACAAAAGUAUGUAAGUAACAUUGGAAGCGUAAAUUUCAGGAUUACUUAACUUGUUUUGUUUUGUACUAUUCAACCAUAGGUAUCAUGCUAUAUUAUAAACUUAAGCAUUACUGAAAUCACCUUGAACUUUGAUUUAUGACAAUUAGGCUGUUGGAUGCUCUUCAACAUUUUUUCCAUUCAAGUUGUCAGUUUGUAGUUGGCUAUGGUAGACCAAUUUACACCUGUGGAACUGUGUACUAUAAGACGUUUUGCAGUUUUGAUUUAAUUAUGUUUUAAUGGGGAAAAUAUAGCUGUGGGAUUAUCUUGACUUGAAUAUUUUUUUCUCAUGAUUAUAUACAUUUUCUUAAUUCUUUGUUGUAAACAAUUUAUAUCCAUUUUUAUGCCCCCGAAGGGAGGCAUAUAGUUUUUGAACCGUCUGUCGGUCCGUCGGUCUGUCAGUCUGUCCGCAAUUUUCGUGUCCGGUCCAUAUCUUUGUCAUCGAUGGAUGGAUUCUCAAAUAACUUGGCAUGAAUGUGUACCACAGUAAUACGACGUGUCGCGCGCAAGACCCAGGUCCGUAGCUCAAAGGUCAAGGUCACACUUAGACAUUAAAGGAUAGUGCAUUGAUGGGCGUGUCCGGUCCAUAUCUUUGUCAUCGAUGGAUGGAUUUUCAAAUAACUUGGCAUGAAUGUGUACCACAGUAAGACGACGUGUCGCGCGCAAGACCCAGGUCCGUAGCUCAAAGGUCAAGGUCACACUUAGACGUUAAAGGAUAGUGCAUUGAUGGGCGUGUCCGGUCCAUAUCUUUGUCAUCCAUGGGUGGAUUUUCAAAUAACUUGGCAUGAAUGUGUACCACAGUAAGACGACGUGUCAUGCGCAAGACCCAGGUCCGUAGCUCAAAGGUCAAGGUCACACUUAGAUGUUAAAGGUCAUUUUUCAUGAUAGUGCAUUGAUGGGCGUGUCCGGUCCAUAUCUUUGUCAUUCAUGCAUGGAUUUUAAAAUAACUACGCAUGAAUGUGUGACACAGUAAGACGACGUGUCGCGCGCAAGACCCAGCUCCGUAGGUCAAAGGUCCUAAACUCUAACAUCGGCCAUAACUAUUCAUUCAAAGUGCCAUCGGGGGCAUGUGUCAUCCUAUGGAGACAGCUCUUGUUAUUGUUUAAGGAGGUAACACUCACUGUGGACCAACGUCGUGCUGUAUUUAAAUACCCGUAUUAAUUAUUUGUUUAUCUGUAUAAAACUUUGAUGCUGAAACACAAAGUGAACAAAAUUCUACAAAUUUUAUAUUUCACCUUUUUUUUCGUUACAAAUUAAGUGGACCAUUACACUCAACUUUUUGCUAGAAGUGAGAUUUCAUGCCUGUAUGUGUGUGUAUGGAGUAGGAUUUUAUACACUUCAGUAUGUCACUGUGUCUAAGGUAUUGCAAUUUUUAUCAGAAUUGAGACAUAAACAUUUAUUAAAUAACACAUUGUAAAUGACAUGUAUCAAGUUUAAAACUGUAUCCAAUAAAGUGUAGUGAUUAACUGCUACAUCAUGGACCUUUACAACUUCCAAAAACUAAAACUGAAUUGAGACGCUUCGAAUAGCACCUAUAUGUAAUUAAUACGCUCUUGCAGCCAAGAUACAUAAUAAUGAAGGCCUGUGAAAUAAAAAAGAAUUGAAACUCCCAUAACAUGGAACAAUCGGACCAAAUCUUGUGAGAUCUCUAUCAAUAGCCUCUUUGUGUUUGACAUACUGAUCAAGAUGAUCCAUACAUCAUUUUACAGUUCUGUUUUUUUUAUUUCUUUGUAUAUUACCAACAGCUUUUGUGGCAAAGUUCCAUAUUACCUAAUUCAACUUGCCCUUUAUCAGUAAGUAUAAUAAUUAUAUUAUAGCUGUUAAAUUAAUGAUAUUCUAUUAUUUGUUAUUUUGUUGUAAAUCUAUUUCAAUUUUCAUAUAUUGUUGCUAUUUUACAAUGUAAAAUAAUGUUGUAAAUUUUGAUAUACAAAUUUCAUCUGCCUGAUCAAAUAGUGCCUUCUAUAAAAGGAGACAUUUAACAGUAUAUCCAACUGUAAGCAUUUUCAUAUCCUGAACCUUAUGUUACUAUAAGUGAUAUAUUACACUAUUGGUUUGGGUUGGUUAAAAGGUGACAUUGAAAUAGAUUAGGUAUUAUGUUCGAAUAUAUUUAUACCAUAACUCACAAGUAUUCUUUCAAUGCUAUGAAUGUAUAUUUUUAUAUUGUUUGUUUGAUUUGAUCCAGGAGGUCAGUUAUUAAAAAGAAUUAUUUAGAGGAGGACAUUUUUACCCCCAACUACAGGUAGUUGGAAAAUAUCUUGUCAUGCAUAGAUGUAUUUUCAUGUGACUUGGUACCAGCAUUCACUAAAACAAGUUGACAUUUACGACAUAUAUUACAUGACUCUACUUUAAAGAUUAAGUUCACACCGAGUGAUCAAAGACUUUAUAUCAUCUUUAUUGUCCAGUCUAUAAUUCAAGGUCACACUUUGAGGUCAAAGUUGAUUUAAGUGAUUUUUAGUUUUAUGUCACUAACUUUAUAAUACAUAGAUGGACAUUUACUGUAACAAGGAAAUGUUUCUCUUGCAGACCCCUAGUUCAGUGAUCAAGGUCGAUAUGUAGUGAUUUCUUUACCCAUCUUAUUUUUGUAUACUUAUAGAUUGAUAUUCAAUUAACCUAGCAAAAAAUAGAGAAUGAAACCUUUGUUACUAUUUAUAAACAUCAUGAAUUUUCACAUCUGUUGGAAAGAUGAUAAUUUUCUUUUUCAUUUACAUUUUUUAUAUCCAGUAGGGGGACUUAAAUUGUAAUGCCUUGUAAUACUGCCUUUACUUGUCAUUGAUAAACUUAACGGUUUCAUGAAAAUUCUGCAGUGCAGCAUAUAGAUUAUUUUCUUGAUUUGUAUGUGAUUAUUUGUAAAUUAAAUAUUUAUUAAGUGCAAUUACAAAUAAAGCUUUUUUCAUGUUAGAA